CCAUGUAUUGUCUCUAAACCUAAUACAAUGUUUUCCUCAGACCAUAUUAAGGUGGAGGAGUAUAUGAUAAACAGACCGAAACAGUGCAAAGGCAAUAGUUUUAUAGUUGGGUAAAAACGAAGUUCAGAUAUUCGCUUUGAUUGAUUUGAGGAAAAUGAGGAAAGAUGUAUUAGUAAUUUGUAUAUUGUUCAUACGUGAAACAGCUUUGACAUUGGAAUAUCCAGAGUGUAAAUUACAGAAUGAUUUAUUUAAGGACUACAAGGUAGACGUAAGACCUGUCUUAGAUUAUACUAAACCAGUUCGUAUCGUUCUCGGAUUAGCAUUACGAAAAAUUCUACAUUUAGAUGAAAUCCGUCAGUCAUUUAAAACCACAGUGAAUGUUCUCCUAUACUGGCAAGACGAGAGUUUGAAAUGGAAUAAGUCAGAUUAUCAUGGAAUUUCUAAUAUUGAAUUUCCAUUCAAUAAAAAUUUAUGGACACCUGAUUUAAUGGUGUACAAUGCUUUGGAUAAACCGGGAAAGCUAGGAGUAAAAAAUGCUUUCGUUAGACUUUAUAAUAAUGGGCAGAUCUUUGUGUGGACUCAAACAAAUUUUGAGACUGCUUGUGAAAUCCGUACAAAAAGGUUUCCCUUUGAUGAACAGGUUUGUGAGAUAGUUAUCUCAAAAUUCAUCAGUUCAGAUGAAAAGAUCGAGAUCAAACCAGUGGAAAAAACCGUAAACAUGAAUGAGUAUGUGGAAAUAGCUGAAUGGAAAAUCAAAGAAACUAUCGUGACAACAACUGUUGAUCCUUUAGAUAUAUCUGUCUUCAUCAACUCUAACGAAUCAACUGCCAAUAUUAUAAACUAUACAUCCAUUACUUACACAUUGAAAAUGCAGCGGACAUGCCAGUUAUGCUUUUUUAACAUUAUCCUACCUGUUUUGAUACUUGCAGCCCUAAAUCUUCUUACGUUUUUCGUACCGUGUGAAAGUGGCGAGAAAACAAGUUUUCCAAUUGCGAUGUUCCUAACCUUAGCUGUGUUUCUGACGAUAAUUACACGUUCUCUGCCAGAAUCCAUUGACGGUGUUUCCUACUUAAGUUCAUUUGUCACGUUCCAGCUGACCAUCAGUGCAAUCAUACUUCUAUGUGCUGUAGUAUCGUUACAGAUCCACUACAGAAAUAAAAAUGCUCCGACUUCGAAGAUUACAUACUUCAUUAUAAAGUGUUUAGGGUGCAAGAGACCUCCAGUGGUAAAGAUUGACAAACCUGAAGGCGAUGAAGACAACUCUCUUGAAAUAGAACAUUCUGAAAUGAUAUCUGAAAAGAACAUUCGUUCUGAAGAUCUCUCAUACUUCUUCGAUAAGCUGAUGUUUUUCCUUUUGAUUUUGUGCGAAGUAAUAUCUACCACCAUCUUUCUUGCAUUAAUUUGGUUCUGACAUAAUUAAUCAUAAUAUCUUGGAAUAUAAAAUUGGAAAUAAGUCUACACAAAACGUUCAUAUGAAUGUGAAGAUGGGACUCAAUACUUUACAAUCUUUCAAUAAUAUUUGUUUAUAUUCUGAGACAAAGUUCGCAUAAAUUGGGAAACAUACGGAAACCUGAGACCACUAUGGUGUUUCAUACAGGCCUUUGUCUUUUCCCUUAUAUUGUCCAUAUACGUUGAGAAAAAUCUUAAUUGCCAAGCGCGAGAUCAUAAUGGCGAGGCGCGAAGUUAUAUCACAGUUUCAGCUGAUCCCGUGCUUCGUGCAUCGCUUUAGUGAAAGACGAAGCGAGACAUCACAAUUACGAAGUGCAAAACUAUGACUUUUUUCAAUAUCGCGCUUCGCCAUUGUGACUUACACAUCGCAUAACACCUGACUGGUACGAAAUCAUAAUGGCGAGGCAUGUGACAUUGAAAGCAAAGUGCGAAAAUGCAAACACUUAGCAAAUUUGUCAUCGCGACCUUUUCACUUUGACGUUAUGAUAUUGCUCUCCGCACUUCGCCAUCCAGAGAAGGUUAUACGUGAAAAGCAAAGCAUGAAAUUACUAAACGUUCACGCUUCUGCGUCGUGAGCAUAACACUAAAUAAAGCGAUGCACGAAGAGCGAAAUCACAACUGCAAAAGCGUAGGGCAAGACCUCGAUGACAAAGCCAUAAUUAUCUCACGCUCUGCCAUUAUGAUUUCGCCUUUUUGGGCAUGGUUAUUUUCGGAGAUGUUGCGAUGGCUCUGUCGGUGUCGGCUCAUUUAAUAUUUUUAUAUUUUGAUCUGAGAAAAUGCAAAAGUCCACCUUAUGUAUUCUUAUAGAUCAAAGGUACAGAAUGUCGAAUGCAAGGGUUUUCACCCUGUGGCUAUCCUUAAUAAAGGAUCUUUGUACAUAAUUACUUUCAAUUUUAUGUUCAUGCUUAAUAUAUGAAUUCAAUAUCUAAAUUUCAGAAAUAAAGACAAUACAGUAAAUGCUAAGUUUAAUAUCAUUAUGUCUCCCACCACACAGUGGUGUGGGAGAUAUAUUGAUUUACUCCAGUCUGUGUGUCUGUCUGUCUGUGUGUGUGUGUCUGUCACAAGCUUGUCCGCACUCUAAGUCGAACAUUUUUUAUUCGAUCUUCACUAAACUUUAACAAUGUGUUUGACCAUAAGACCUCAGCCAAGUUCGAUAAUUAGCCAAAUCGGUCCAGGUAUUUUAGAGUUAUGACCCUUGUAUUACCAAAAAAUCGGCCUUUUUGCUCUUGUCUGCACUCUAAUUCAAAUAUUUCUCAUCCGAUCUUCACCAAACGUAAAUAAAAUGUGUUUGACUAUGAGACCUCGGCCAAGUUCGAUAACUAGCCAAAUCGGUUCAGGCAUUUUGGAGAUAUGGCCCUAGAAUUACCAAAAAUUGACCUUUUUACUACUGUCCGCACUCUAAGUCAAACAUUUCUCAUCCGAUCUUCACCAAACUUAAACAAUAUAUGUUUGACCAUAAAACCUGAGCCAAGUUCGAUAACUAGCCAAAUCGGUCUAAGUAUUUUGGCGUUACGGCCCUUGAAGUACCGAAAAAUCAGCCUUUUUACUCUUGUUUGCUCUCUAAGUCGAAUAUUUUGUCAUCCGAUCUUCACCAAACUUGAACAAAAUUUGUUUGACCAUAAGACCUCAGCCAAGUUCGAAAACUAACCAGAUCCGCCUGGGCACUUUUGAAUAAUGGUCCUUAAAUUACUGAUUGGAUCCACUCGUCUUAACCAUCUAGAGAGACUAGACAGUUUUUAUAAGGCAGUUGUGGGAGACAUGCGCUUUUCUCAAAAGCAUCUCUAGUUUGGAUUAUAUUGCUACAAGUAGUUUCUUCUUUAAGUUUUAGAUAAUUUUAGUAAUCGUUUGUUCCUUGCACAGACAACGCUAUCUAUAAAUUAUAUGGGUAUGUUUGUUUUCUAUGGAAACUUGGAUAAAUAUUGAUUUUUCUCAUCUAAAAUAAAGAACAAAAAUCGGUACUCUCUGUAAUUUAUUUAGUUUCAAAUACCCGUAUUUUAUCUUAAUGAGUUUGAAAAUAAUUGGUAUUUCACAUAAAGAAUAAUACUGUACAUGAUAGAGUGAUGAAAGGUUUACCACCUAAGAUAAUAUUAUGAAAUACCAGCUGUACAGCUAUUGUCAUGAACAAUAAGACUGGUAAGAUAAUUCACAUUCAAUAAAUAAAUAAAUAAAUAAAA